UGAAAAUGCAGUUUUCCGUACCGUAAUGCACCACGGUUUGGGGUUACGGUUGUUACAGAAUUUAUAAAGGUAAAAAAAUGGCUGCGCCCUUGAAGGCACAAUCUCUGGCCAGACUGUACACAAGUUUGAGACCAUGUGUAUGUGUGAACAGGUACAUGUCCAGUAAAAGAGACAAACGAGAUGACAAACCGCCUGCAUGGGCUGCACGCCAAGUUCCAACCGGAAACACUUUCUAUUCUAUGCAACUUUCAAAAAUGCAAAACAGAGAAAUAUGGAAAAGACGUAUGAAGUAUAUAAAUAGACCAUGGGAGAAGAUUGUGAUUGAUUACAAGAAACGUCAGGAGGAUACAGCUGAUAAUCCUCCCGAGGAUGCUCCAUUACUACUCAUGGUCAGACAAGUGUCAAAUCUAUGGGGAGUUCCUUAUUACCUAAAAGAUGUUCUUAAACGACUUGGUUUUAAAAAGCAAAAUCAGAUUGUUAUAUUGAAGAACAAAACCUUGACAUGUUCAGAUUUGAGGAGAGUGAAGCACCUUGUGGAGAUAUUUCCGGUCACAUUUCCUUAUGGUAUGCCCACAUCAGAGGAAGAUCUGGACCAUUGUUACAUCACAGAUAAUGGACAGUUUAUAGUGAAGAAAAAACUUGAACUUGUCGACCAAAUUGAAGAUAUUAAAAUAUCUGAUAAACUGCCCGAAAAUAAAUAUGAAAUGAAACAAGAACAUAUAGACAGAUGUUUGGAAUAUAGGAAAAUGAGGUACCAGAUAAGUCAGGAAUAUUUCCAGACAAAAUACGUCUACGAGAAAAACCAGGACAAAAAGGAGCAUCGCUACAAGGGUGAUCAGAACAUUGGAUUUGAUAAAAUAUGGCACUAAUCUGUUCAUAAGAGAACAAAGUUAAAUAAUUAAAUUAAAAUGCCCAUGUUUUGUAGGUGCCAAGAGAUUAAAUUAUCAAAUAAAAUUCCAUAAAUAUUGAAAGUAUGUUGCUCCUAACAUAUCAGAGACAGCAUCUUGUGUGCAAGCUCUUGUCUGUUUUGGGUGUUUCAGUUUCACUAAAGCAACAGAAGUUAUGUUCGAAUUUUGCAUACAUUUUAGAUUGUUAUCAAGAGUUACUAUGUAUGUUAACAUCAGCAAUGUUCUAAAAAUUAAUGCAGGAAAUGUUUCCUGCAAGUGACAUGUAGUUCCAUGUACAGUUAAUAUUUUUAACAAUAAAUUCAAAUAUAAAAGCAA